GUGUGUGUGUGUGUGCAUGUAUGUUUGUUAGAGUGUGUGACAUAUGACGGCUGGCUGCUGUAAAAGCAGUGAGAUCACACACGGUGAUGGAGGGGGCAACUAUAAAGCCUCAACGGGCAGAAGCAGACAAGGUAAUUCAGUCGACGAAGUGGACAGAGAGUUUGGAAGGAGGUGAACGAAGGAAUAAUUAGGAGGAGAUAAUACAUCAGGCGAGAGAAAAUCCAGCAGAUUUAAAGUCCAGACGUCCCCCAGGAGUGUGUUUCUGUCCGAGGUGUCUCGAGCAUCAGUGCCAGGAUGUGUUCGGGCAGUUUUGCCAAGUGUUUGGGGAUCACUCUGAUACCUCUCUUGAUCGUGUGCGUGCUGUGCAACAUCCUGCUCUUCUUCCCCGGCGGGAAGUCUGUGGAGAGUGACCACAUCACUACAGAGGUCUGGUACUUCGGAGGCAUUCUGGGAUCUGGAGUGUUGAUGAUCUUCCCAGCUCUGGUCUUCCUGGGUCUGAAGAACAAUGACUGCUGCGGUUGCUGUGGUAACGAGAGCUGUGGGCAGAGAUUUGCGAUGCUGACCUCCAUCCUGUUUGCAGCUGUGGGGGUUUUGGGGGCUGGUUACUCAGUUAUCGUUUCUGCGGUGGCCAUUAACCAUGGACCCCUGUGUCUGGUAAACACCACCGUGGCACUUUGGGAAUAUCCCUUCUCAGAUGGAGACUACCUGUCCAACAAAGACAUCUGGUCGCUGUGUUUAGAGCCGGUCGGCGUGGUGUCCUGGCAUCUGUCCCUGUUCUCUGUGCUGCUGGUGAUGGGUUUAAUCCAGGCGGCGCUGUGUGCCGUGCAGGUGGUGAACGGCCUGCUGGGAGCUCUGUGUGGGGGCUGUGGCUGCUGCGGAGGGGAGUGACCGUCUGAGCGCCGCCUGCAGCUGUGAGAGUCUGAAGACAACUUGAGCUAAUUGAUCACCUUUCCAGUGAAACAGGUGAAAUGACAGAGCUCCAAUUUCCCCAUUUACUUUAAACUCCAUCUUCUCAUCACUCAGUCGAUAUGUUCAUCUGCUCCCAUAUUACGACCUGAAGGAUAUUCCUACGCUAGGCAUAUAAGUGACCUCCUGUUGCAUAUGUUUGUAUGUGUUGUUGCCUCUUUAGUGAUGUUGUGCAACUCUGACAUUACAGACACUAUUUUUAUAUACACAUGAAGAGUAAUAAUCAGAUCGUGCAGCUGCUGCAAAUGUUCUUUACUAUGGAGACAAAAUUAAGAGGAGACUAUAAUCUGUUAGAAAACACAUUGUUAAGGUCUUGACGUUCUUUGUUAAGCGCCUUGAGAUAAUGUAUAUUAUAAUUUGGCGCUAUACAAAUAAAAUUGAAUUGAAUUGAA